GCCAGAUGAUCAUGUGAAUGUAAACAAAACAAGAGCUGUGCGGUUUACGCGUUUAUUGCGUGAAUUCGGCUUCGAAAUGUGUUUUCUUGCAUUUUGAAAGGCGGGAAGGACGUCAAAGAAUCUUUUCUAUGACCUUAGGUGAUUUUACGAGCGCGUCUGGUUUCGUAUUUUUGGUUUUGCUUCCGACCUUUGGGUCUCUCAUCGCUCUCUUCUGCACCGUGGCGCUUGUGAAACAAAUCGCUCCCAACUCUUGGCUACGAUUCUGCGCGUGGGAAGUUGCUAGAAAGUCGAGAAGCAAGGCUCAUUUCAACCCUGAGCUGUCUAGAAUCUUUUGCGAGCUCGUCAGGAGAGCUGACAGUGAUUUAUUAAUUUUGGAAAUUGGAUGCGCUGGAGGUGCCAAUCUCGCUGCGUUUCCAGCCAACAGCGAGCUGCUGAUGCUGGACAUCAACCCCUACUGCGAGCAAUACCUCAGGAAAAACCUAGAGAAAUACUCUCACUUAUCGUUGAAGCAGUUCAUUUGCGGCUCGGCAGAAAAAAUCUCGCAGGUGCCGAGUUGCAGCGUGGAUGUGGUCGUCAGCUCUCGCACCUUGUGUUCCUUAAACGAGUCCAAGGCACUGAAGGAGAUCUUCCGGGUUCUAAAACACAACGGUAAAUUGGUUUUCGAGGAACACGUUUUGUCUGAUGUGAGCUUGUGGAGACUCGUCCAGAACUUCUUGUCUCUCAACAGGAUAUCGGCAACUCUAUUUUUUGGCUGCAGAUCGAACAAGGAUAUCGUUGAAGCCAUUGAGAAGGCUGGCUUCCAAAACUUGAGCGUGAAGAGGAAAAAGCCGAGAAACUCGUUAGUAGGCCGUCUGCAGCCGUACGUCGUGGGAACAGCAACCAAGCCCUGAUUACGAACCAUGGAGGAUUUUUUCAAUUUUGGGAACGAGCUUUUCGAAUGCGACAAGCAGCAAGUUGAAAAGGCAGCCCCGCAAUUCACACCUCUCUAUUUCUCUCCUAAAGACUGUGAUGGCGACGCAAAGUUCAAAGAGGAUCCGAAAUUGUACAAGCAGUACGCCGACUACCUGUAUUUUAAGGGCGAGUACAGCGCUGCCUUGCUCGCGUACCAAGAAUUGAGGCACGCGUACCAAGGCAAUUUGUUUAUGGCCAAGUGUGUUCAGGAAAGUGAAGCCUGGUGUUUGGCCAAGUUAGGACGCGCAGAUGAAGCCGAAGCUGUCGCCCAGCUGUUGGUAGAACAGGCAAACACCUAUGAAAGCAAACGUGGCAUCGAAUAUUUCCUGGAAAAACUAAAAAGUCAUUCCAAAAAAUAGAGUACCGGUUUUUUUAGUGACGCGCAAGGGACAAAAUUUAAUGAUGGAAACAUGACUAAAAACACCAGCUGCAUUCCUCGAUUUUGUAUUUUUUUUUUCAAAUAUUUCGAUUUUAAUGAUGUGAAAAAGGAAAUAACAAGCCGCUGGACUUCCAGCGUUAGUUGUUUUACAACAAUCGUUUAAAAACUUUGAUCAUUUGCCUAACAACACACCUCUGAAUAUGCAGAUAUUGAAGAUCUUCUUUCUAAACAUCCUGGUAAUAUUCAAUUUCUAAUGUGUUUAUCUCAUAAAAUUGUGCAUGCUGAUUGUUACAAAAUAAUCAAAACAACUGCUCUAGUCAUGUCUUUGUGUUUAGAUAUAUAAUUAAAGAAUAAAUAGCUUGAUCUAGUA